UCUAAAGGCUGCAGCGGUAUCCCAGGCCGUACAGCCGAUUCAUUUUACAGAGCGCUGCAAGCUGUAGGUCCACGAGACGACCGCAGUCCCAUUGUAACCUGCAGGAAGCAUCGGUUGCACGUCCUGUACACAAGAGGUGUUUUCGGCGUUUAAAUUUAAUCUUGGACGAGCCAUACUGGAAAACGAUCUGAAGUCAGUUAAAUAACAGGUCACUGCAGGAUCAGCUCCCAGCAGAAAUACUUUGCCAUGGAUGGAGACGAAGAGGAGAAUAUGAGUUCAAGCAUUGCCGAUGUUAAGGAAAACCGCAAUCUGGACAAUGUGUCAACAAAAGAAGGUGGGGGCGAUGCAGUGCAGCUCCCCAAUGGCAGCGGAGGGGGAGGCAGGAAGCGCCCCCUGGAGGAGGGCAGUAACGGGCACUCCAAGUUCCGUCCCAAAAAACGCAAGAAAAUGCCGGGGCCCGUUCUGCCCAAGAACGCGCUGAUGCAGCUGAACGAGAUCAAACCGGGCCUGCAGUACAAGCUGCUGUCCCAAACGGGCCCUGUCCACGCGCCCGUCUUUGUCAUGACCGUGGAGGUCAACGGGCAGCUUUUUGAGGGCUCGGGCCCCACCAAGAAGAAGGCCAAGCUGACGGCGGCCGAGAAGGCGCUGCGCUCCUUCGUCCAGUUCCCCAACGCCUCCGAGGCCCACCUGGCCAUGGGGCGGACGCUGACCGUCAACACCGAUUUCACCUCCGACCAGGCCGACUUCGCCGACGUGCUCUUCAACGGCUUCGAGACCCCGGCCCUGCCCGAGGACCCCUUUUACCUGGGCUCCAACGGCAACGGGCCCGCAAGCUCGCCGGGGGAGUUCCCGGUGACCGCCGCGCCCACCGCCGCCAGCCUGGCGCCUUCCCCACCGCCCGCCCCCUCCAGCGCGAAGAACCCCGUCAUGAUCCUCAACGAGCUGCGGCCGGGCCUGAAGUACGACUUUGUGUCCGAGAGCGGAGAGAGCCACGCCAAGAACUUUGUCAUGUCCGUUACGGUGGACGCGCAGACCUUCGAGGGCUCCGGACGGAACAAGAAACUGGCCAAGGCCCGCGCGGCCCAGGCUGCCCUCUCCGCCCUCUUCAACAUGCAGCUAGACCAAACUCCCUCCCGUCAGCCAAUCCCACGCGAGGGCCUGCAGCUGCACCUCCCACAAGUUCUGGCAGAUGCUGUGUCCCGACUGGUGGUGGACAAGUUCAGCGAGCUGACGGAUGGCUUCACAUCGCCUCACGCACGACGGAAAGUUCUGGCUGGCGUUGUCAUGACAACAGGCACAGAUGUCAAAGAAGCCCAGGUGAUUUGCGUUUCCACGGGAACCAAGUGCAUAAACGGGGAGUAUAUGAGUGACCGCGGGCUCGCGCUGAACGACUGCCAUGCGGAGAUCAUAGCACGCCGGUCCCUCAUCAGGUACCUGUACACGCAGCUGGAACACUUCCUCAGCAGUAAGAAAGAUGAGCAGCAGAAGUCGAUAUUCAGCCGCUGCGACACUCAAGGCUACAGGCUGAAAGACCACGUUCAGUUUCAUCUCUACAUCAGCACCUCGCCCUGCGGCGACGCUCGAAUCUUCUCACCGCACGAAGUGGGCGUGGAGGACCAGGGAGACCGGCACCCGAACAGGAAGGCGCGGGGUCAGCUGCGGACCAAGAUUGAGUCGGGUGAGGGAACCAUCCCAGUUAGGUCCAGCAACACCAUCCAGACGUGGGACGGGGUUCUGCAGGGCGAACGGCUCCUCACCAUGUCCUGCAGUGACAAAAUCACCAGGUGGAACGUGGUGGGGGUGCAGGGCUCACUGAUGAGCUACUUCUCUGAGCCCAUCUACUUCUCCAGCAUCAUUCUGGGCAGCCUGUACCACGCUGACCACCUGUCUCGAGCCAUGUACCAGCGCAUUGCUGACAUCGAGGACCUGCCCAAUCCCUUCUCCCUUAACCGGCCACUGCUGAGCGGCAUAAGCAAUGCUGAGGCCCGCCAGCCAGGCAAAGCCCCCAAUUUCAGCGUAAACUGGACCGUGGGUGACCAGGGGCUGGAGGUUAUCAACGCCACCACCGGAAAGGACGACGCGGGGCGGUCGUCACGUCUCUGUAAACACGCGCUGUACAGCCGCUGGAUACGUCUGCACUCCAAGCUUUCUUCGACUCUGAGGAUCCAAGUUCCCAGACCGGGGUCGUACCACGAAGCCAAGCAGGCGGCUGUGGAGUACCACUCAGCCAAGCAGACGCUGAUUAAGGCUUUCCACAAGGCAGGGCUUGGGGCUUGGGUGAAAAAACCAAUCGAACAGGACCAGUUCUCCCUGAACUCUUGAGGCGGGGGGGGUGGGGCUAGGGGAGGGGCACAACUCAAAUCAGCCACUAAGACUGUGUGUGUUAGUCCCUGAUACGAGCCCCUUUCCCCCGCCCCCGCAGACUCAUUUCACUCAGCUUUCUUACCGCCCUGCCGUCACACCACUCAUGAAAUUCCCUGUGUGUACUUUUAACUGUUUCUUUUUUUUUUGUUUUUGUUUUUUUUGUCGGUCCUUUCCGUUCCUAAGUUCAGGUUCAUAAUGCAAAGGUGAAAUUUUAAACUGGAAACCUGAGAUGGUAUUUGUGGUUUGUUGGCGGCUUUUUAUUCCAUUAUUACAGGGUUCCCCCGAAGAAUGCAACAGAGGCGGUGCACCAGGUUCCGUCAUUUAUGCCACAGUAUAGUGAUUUGUUGAACCACUAUCAAGUGUAAGAGAGUAUGCAACUUUGUUUUGUGCAUUUAUUGUGGAUAAGCAGCAGGUUAUAACCUGUUUCAAUCUUCUUAUUUUCAGGUGAGAAUGUGACAGAAGCCCUAAAAACAUUUCAAUGUUGUGUCAGUAAUCAAGCUAAAAUGCUGACAAAUGUGUUUUCAUAUCACAGUGAACAUUUUUGUGGUGGAAAGCCCAUGAAACUGGCUACAUUUGGUUGAAGUGAAAAUAUCCUAACCAACUAGGACAUAGCCAGGCUAUAUCCAAAUGAAUCUGGAGCUACAAUGUUAACUUUGUACGUUCAGAUCAGAACACCUCUCAACCUAUAUUUCAGUUCUGGCUUUUGCUCACUGGGAUAGUUUGUAAAGUUGACUGCGGUAGCAUUGCGAGUGGAUCCUGUAACAGUUUUACACUUUUGUUUUGUUGCUAAUGUGUAAUUAUUUUGAGUCUGAAGGCAUUUUUCUGUGUGUUUUUUAUGACCCUUAAUGCAGGAAAUUACUUGAACCCCUUAUGGGCGGAUGCAACCUGCACGUUACAACAGACGGAUGCGACGCCAGCGUUUUUAUUUUAUCAUAUGACAGUUUCUCCAGACACAUGACUGUUGAAAUGAAUUUUCAACUGUUGAUUCCUCUGCCUUUCUAUGGGCACCUUACUCCAUAAAGGUGGUAGGUGGGUUUCAAUGGUGGUAUAAAAAUGCAAAAUGCAAGCCCUGAGCAUCUCUCUGUUAAAAAAUUCUGGGGAGAACCCUGUAUUUAAGUGGGAAGGUAAUGAUAUUUGUAAUUAGGAAAGAAAUGAGAGAGAUCCUGUUGUGUUGGCUGGAAGAGCUGGUCAAUGUGAAAUCGAGAGUUUUAUCCAGAUCUCAGAUUUUCCUGUGUUCAGUUCAUUUCUCCACUAUUUCCACAGGUUUAAUGCACACGUGCACGCACACAAACACACACACACACCCAUGCAUGUACACGCACACACACACGUGCACGCACAGCUGCAAGGGGGGAUUUUAUACAGGUGAAGUUUCAGCAUAGUUUAUAUAUAAAUACCAACCUGCUCAAGGACUUUUUUGUAUGCUUUUUGUUUCGGGAAAGGUCUGGUGGACAAGAAAAAAUAAUUUUCUUACUUUUUUCAGUCUCACUGUCAUAUUCAAACUGUGGAUAAACUUUCUGAAACCAUGUUUUACAAGCAGAUUUUUGGUUUGUUUGUUUUUUGGUUUGUAUUUUAUUUUUUUAAAGAGGCGUGGUCCAUUCUGAAACGCAGAACACGUGGCUCUUCAGAAUCUUGACCUCCCCUGUCAGUUGUUGAUCUGAAGUUGUUGCUAUUAUGGUGAAGCAACAGACAGCAUGUGUUUGGAUUUGACCCCUAAGUACUGCAUAAUUCCUUUAGACUUCAGUAGCUGCUACACAUUUUGAUAGCACAUUUUAAUAAGCAGAAUGUACAUGCUUUUAACAGGGGGUAGGGGUCUAACUGUAGGUAUCUGUAGGAAUGCUUUCUUCCCCAUUUAUAUCUGAUAAUUAAUAUAUCACACAAAUAAAAGGCUUGCAUUUGAGGAACAGUUUUUCAACUCAGUCGUCAGCGUGGAAAUGUUCAGCAGGGUUCAUACUGGCAAAACAAUUUAAAUUAAAUGGCAGAAACAAGUAUUUACACAAUUUAUUUUGGCAGUUUCAUGAUUUCAGACCCAAUGAGACUUUUCCCAUUGUAAUUGCUUUGUUUAUUGGCUUAGUUUCAUGUUGAUUGACAUCUGGGGUGGUGGGCGGGGUUCUUAAAUGCUGCACGUUUAUCGUCCAAUAAACAACCAUCUCUCUGCAUGGGCGCAGUUGUGUGGGAAGCAACCCA